CGACGGUCUACUACCACUCUCGCCGGACCCAUUUUUGAGCUGCAGAACUAUGGCCGACCCCGUCGCAGAGAAAUCAGGCUUCCUGUGCAUGUACAUGUCGAACCACCCCGACACGCUCGUCUCCUACGUGCGACACUGGGGCAAGGUCACCGAACACGUUGUCAGCGCAAAGAUGACUGGGAUCGAUACUAAGGGCAUGAACUUGUCGUACCAGACGAAGGGCGGCGCGACGAAGGAAGUCCGCGUCGUGUUUGACCCCCCGCUCGCGGGCUACGAGGAGGUCAAGCCUCGCCUCAUGGGCAUGAAGGCGGACGCCGAGGAGGAACUCGGCAUGGUUCCCGCCCCGCAGAUUACGUCCUUCCGCUUCAGCCGGAAUAUGGCGUACAUGGCGGCCAUGGUGGCUGCGCUCAUCUAUACGACCUUCGCGCCCGCCCCGGGCUCGCCGAACUACUCGCCGCUUUACGCCCCCGCGCACAUCCUCCUCGCGAACCUGCCGUCGUGGGUGUUGACCUUCAGCUGGACGAUCCUUGUCGUCACCCAUAGUCUGGAGUCUUUGUACACUCUGGCGUUGUGCAGGAAACACCGUACUGGAUUCGUUCUCGGAGCGCAAUACAUUCUCACCACGCUGGCUGUCGGCUUUCCCGCAUGGGUGGAAAUGCGCCGCCAGAUACAGGAGGCACGGAUCGAGAGCAUCAUGAAAGGGCAGUAACCUUGAUUGAGGCCCUGUUAUUAUGUUCGUCAGGUCACUUUGUACUUAUAGGAUGUUGUUCCACUGGGCGGACUGCUGAGAAGGGAAUUCGGUGUACGCCUGCGAGAUGCACUUCGUUUGCUUGUGUGCACAGAUAACGUCUACGCGUCUUACACAGUCAACACUGCUGGGC